AUGGGCUCCUUAGGGUCGGGGACUGGUGCCCCACUCCCACUGCCGCAAGCGUUGGCGCUCCCGUCUUUGGAGUUGCCCAAGCUUCUCAGCCUUGACGUGGGCCUCGAAGGAGGAGGCCCCGGACCUAGCAACCGAGCCAUGGCUGCUGCUGCCGCAUCUUUUGACAAUGGCAACAGCUCUGAUCCAAGUGGCUCUGGUGGCAGCGGGCCGCCCAGAAGCGCACGGACUUCCGCGCGUCAACAGCAGCUGCAGCAGUUGCAGCAGCAGCAACAACAAUACCACGAACUUGAAGCGCUGCAACCUAUUGCGGCAGCCCACGCCAAGCGUGACCUAGAUCAACCGACUCCCGCUGGUAGAAACAAGCGGUCAGGGCCAGCGGUAGGGCAGGACGCGAAAGUGGAGCUGAAAGCCGACCCUGCUAGAGGGCAGGCAGCAGCAGCAGCAGCAGCGGCCGCGGCUGCAUCCGCCGCGGCGGCUGCAGUUGCAGGGGUGGAUCGGACGGAGAUGCGGCGGGCGGAAGCGAGGCAGCUUCAGAAGCAAAACAUGGACGAUGGAUCGAACUCCGACGGUUCAGAUAUGUCGUCAGAUUCCGGGGGCGCCGCCCCGCGCUCGGCGCCUAACCGAGGUGCACGUCGGGGCGCUGCCGCCGCCAAGGACCCCGUGGCGCGCGCUCAGAUGCGGCAGUUGAAGAAGCGCGACCUAAACCGUGAGGCACAGCGGCGGUUUCGCGACCGCCAGAAGGCGGCUCUGGCGCUGCUGGAGUCCACCACUCAGAGCCAGCAGCGGGAGAUUGAGGCCCUGCGACUGACUAACAAACUGCUGGAGGAGCAGUACCGGGUGCUUAUGGAGCAAUACAAGACGCUGCAUCUACGGUUCGUCGCCGUGCAAAUGAAGACCCAGGCCAAGGUGUAA